AUUAUGAGUAAAGAUUAAUAAAUAUCGGUUCGUCGAUACUAAAAGUAGACAGUUAAAAAUGGUCGCCUUGUAACAGAUCUGUCAAGCGAUAUUUCACCGUUUCCGUUUGCUACGAUGCAGUGAACACUACGAUUCUAAAUUUUUAGUUUGUCUAUGUGUUCAUCGGUAAAUUCAAAGUAAAUGCGACGAAUCGAUUAGUUUGGUGCAGCAGAAAAUACUAUUCACUGUAUUGUUAAAUAUAUAUUUGGAAUGAAAAUGAAGAUUCCUAACAAUCGUUCAGGGAACGAUUAUGGACAUGAAACGGGGAUCAUCUCCUUCAUGGACAAUAGUUUUGAUUCUGAAAUUGACGUGCAAGGAGCAAAUGAGAGUGACUUUUCCGAAUACCUUUGGAUGGAAAAUGAGGAAGAAUUUGAUAAAGAGGUGAUCCAACAAUUAAUGGAAGAAGAAUUGACAGAGGAAUGCUUGAAAGCAAUGUGGGAAGAUGAGCGACAACACGAGCGAAAUAUAAAUUCUAUUGCUUGGUCCACUGCUACAAGCAUGCCUGAUAAUGGUGCAGAAUUAUGUCAGCAGCUUAGUAAUCUAAAAGUGCACGAUGAUCUUGCUAAACAAAGUACAUUAAAUCCAAACGCAGCUGAAUUUGUCCCAGCAUUCAAAUCGGCAGUAACAGCUGUAAGUACACCACCAGAAGUUACUGCAGAAUCAUCAUAGAAGUCAUACAUUUAUUCCUUUGAAUAAAACAUGGGCUAUAAUGUAUGGCUAAUAUUUACCACCUUCAGUAACACAGUUGUAUUAACUGAACCAUAUUAAAAGUUAAAGGACUGUGACUACAUGUACAAAAAAGUAUCAUGAUCAUCAAAGCAGAUAAUAUACAUAAUAAUGCUGUUAUAUGUAUGAUAUUUAAGAGUAAUGAAGUCAGUUGCAUAACUAAAUGAAAAAAAAACAAAUAUAUUAUUCAAAUUUUUAUAGUCUCGCGAUAUUGCAUAAUACAAACGUUUAAUUUUAAACAUAUAUUUUUUCGCCGAUACAAUGACAUAUACAUAAAUCGAUUGUUGUAAAAAUUGUAAUUUAUAAUUCUUAUUUAACCCAGGGAAUGUAUUUUCAAAAAGAGAAUUACUUGCAAAUUGUGGUAUAUCAAAGACAGAUGUAGAAAUUUUCAUAAGUUUUUAGCAUCGUAUCCGAACUGUUGCACCCGAACAAACACAAACCUUUUCUUUUUAAUUCUUUCAGAAUGCUCCUUUUAUUCAAAUCUGAAAGUUUUUAUACAUUAUAGUAUCCGUUUCUAGGUGAGACACUUUUUUAAGAGUUCCUUUUGUAACACUUAUUUUAUACUGGUAUACACCUUCCGUAAUAACAUUAAUUACAAACUAAGAAUACAUACUGAGGUCGCCAAGACUGAUGUACGUAAAAUGUUGCAUUGAAACAUGUAUGGAAUCCAAUGCAUAUUUUCUUGAACCAAUACUUAAUCACAUUUAUUGUACGAGAAAACUUUUAAUCUAUUUCUGUUGUAAAUCUUUUUCAUUUUAUUUCGUUUCUCUUUUUAAAUAUACAUCACAAUUCUGGUCCUGCAUCAGCAUAUGUCUCGAAAGACUUGAAGAUCUCGAGUUAAAGUCUUACACAGGCUGUGAGGGACACUUCUUCUGGCUCUCUUUUGCAAUACCGAGAGUCGACGUAUUACUUAUUUACUUUAAUUAAGUAAUGAAAUUUGUCUAAAGUCACUAUGAAAUGAUAUUUUCAAACUGAUUAGAAUAUGUAUAUGAAAUGUAACAUGAUUGAAAAAUACUGUGAGUGGUGAAUGUAUCUUGUUAUGCGAGAAAUUCAAAUGAAAUGUAAAUUCCCGUCCCGUUCCAUCUUUCAUUGCUUCUUGAAAUUUCAUUAACUCGUAAGAACAAUUAAAUUUUCGAAGAGAAGAACAAGUUCCCCACUUACACGUAUUCUUGGAAACGAUGUUUAUGUACAAAUUCUAUUAACAUUUUUUGCAUUGUGAUAGAUACAUAACUGUCAGGAUUUUAUAAGAUUAUAUGAAGUAAAUAUAUAUUACUUUAGUCACAACAUACUUUAGUAUGAGUGCAGCAACUGUGAUUACAUGCAGAUUAAAUAGAUUUAUCAUAUAGAUUAUUCACAGCAAAAAGACCGUCUUCUCGAUUACACGAUGCUUCGCAUUAUUUUGCUUUCACACUUCUACUUAUGACUCCCCCGUAAAAAUAUGAAAAAUCGAAAAAAAGAACAGCAUAUAUAAAUAUAUAGUUUCUAAUGCAGUUACAGGUAUUCAUAGAUUUAUUUGAGGACAAAUUCGAAUUUAGUGGUGCAUUAAUCAUAUGAAAUAAAUAUUAUAAUUAAUAACAAUAAGUUUAAGUCUUUUUUAAUGUUUUAAAUCUAACUUAGUAUGAGAAGAGACUGCUUUUUAGUUUUAGGAUUAUUUCAUUCAUUACUCUCUAUGAAUUUCUCAAUCAGUAUACCAGGUAACAGCGCAUACAUGUGGUUUAUGCAAUUUUAUUUCUUGCAGUCAAAUCAUAAAACGAUAUAAGUAUAAUGCAUACUAAUAAUUAUGUAUACAUGUAUGACUAAAUAUAUGUAUAUCUUGUAGUAAUUGAAUCUCUGUCAAUUCACACAAAUGACAUGCAGUAUUUAAAUUACAUUAUUAAUAAUUUUAGUAGCAUGUCAUAUGUAAUAAUGAAAAAAGCUGUAUUUUAGCAGUAGAAAAAUAUAAAGAAUAUAUCUGGUUACAAUGUAACUAUUAUAUAUUAUAUCAUUGCAUAAUACUUGAAGUUUUCCUAUCGACUCGAGGUAUCUAAAACUAAAAUAAAACUGACUCGGUUUUUUCUGUUUAAUUAGUUCUCUCAAUAGUACCUGUAUUAUUUGGUGUGUAAUUAUAAUGUUGUUCAUAAUUUUAAGUCUUUAAAAUUAAGAAAUUGCAAUUGUUUCAUAGAUUAUGUACGACAAAAAAGGCAGUACUCGAAAAAUU